GCGGGCUGCUGUGCAGUGUCACCAGCAGCCCCAACGCCGUCCCCGCCAUGAGGCACAGCCCUAUAGCCAUACCCCCCCCCCCAGCGGCCCUAACCCCUUUGCCAAGUGCCCUCUGGGGGCCCCGCCCUAGCAGGGCCGCUUUAGGAAGUGCGGGGCCCUGGCAGGGAUGACUUAACCCCACCCACACCCGGCUUGUAUUCCCCUGGCGCGGCUCUGAGUCUUUGGCGGCACUUCAGCGGCGGGUCCUUCGCUCGCCCCAGUUCUUCAGCGACACCGAAGGACCCGCUGCUGAAGCGUCGCCAGUGACUCAGAGUAAGCGAAGGACCGGCCGCUGAAGUACCGUUGAAGACCCGGAGAGAAUGAAGGACCCGCCGCUGAGGACCCAAAGCGCCGCCCGAUAUCACAUUGACAGGACUGUGUGUCAAGGCAGAUCCUUCAGUUCCUUUUUGUAGAGUGGGCCUAUUUCUUUUUUUUAAUCCAAAGGGUGUAACUGAUUUUUUGGACAGGGAAAAGUUUCACAUUAUCUACCUUUGCCUAUUUAUUGAUCUGAAAAAGGCUUUUGGGAACAAGCCAAUGUAAGGCUAUGAAGGAGAAUGAGGAUGUGUAACUUCAGCCUCACUGGAGAGUGAGUCAGGUGGGUGUGUAUUGUGACACAAAAGGGUCCACAUGGCUAGCAACAAGUAAUCAAGAGUCAGAGGUGGGAGGACAUGGAGAAAUGGAGAAAGGAGAAAGGGAGCCAGAAGAAAGCAGAACAGGAGGGAAGAGCCUGAGCGGACAUUAUGGAGAUGAAUGGAGGAACUCAGGAGAGGUGUAUGGAGCAAGAAGGGGGAGCUUGGGAGGAGGUCAUGCAACAGGCUGGGGGAACCCAAGGACAGAUUAUGGAGCUGGAUGGAAGACUCCAGGAGGAAAUCACAGAGUCAGCUAUGGGAGCUCAAGGGAAGAUCAUGGACCUGGAUGGAAGAGCCUGGGUGGAGGUCAUGGAGCAGGCUGGAGGAGACAAAGGAAAGAUGAUGGAGCUGGAUGAAGGAGCCCAGGUGGAAGUCACAGAGCUGGAUGGAGGAGCCCAGGCAGAGGUCACUGAGCAGGCUCGGGAAGGCCAGGAAGUGGGCAUGAAGCUGGUGAAGGACCUGUUGGCAGUGGUUGCCACUUCUGCUCUUCCCCAAAAUGAGAAGACAGAAUUAGAGUUUGUGACCCUACAGUUUAUGAUGGGGGGUAAUGUACACCUGGUCGGGGAAUUGCUGAGCCAACACACAGUGGAAGAGUUCCAACAGGAAGUGUUUGCUAGGUUCCCCAUACCAGCAUUCCGUGUGACUAGCACAGUGGCCUGUAAUCAAGCGACCAGCCGCAGGGCUGAGAGAGGCCUCUCACUCCAUGAACUUGGCUGUUCCGGGCAAAAGGACAGAAUUUACUCACAGCUUAUCUUCUUCCUGUGCAGAGCCUCCUCUUUGAUAGGCUGGGUGGGGCUAGACCGAUUGCUGGAGAUGCUACAGCAGCUGAAGCACUGUAUCUACUAUAUCCCAGUGGCCCUGGUUGGGGUGAUUGUGCAAGAAAACCCAGAGCUGGAUCUGGAGCAGGAAGUGAAGGCACUGCGGUGGCUGAAGUGCCUGCUGGAUGGAGUCUUCUGUUGUGAUUUGUUGCCAGGCCAUGAGGGGACAGAGCAAGAGGUGCAGGUUCAGGUGGCUACCUACCAGUCAGGCCAGCCACAGCGGGCUCUAGAGGUUAAGAGAGCAGCCUGCCAGGCAAUACGAGUGGCCCUGAAGUUCUGAACAGACAACAUGUGAGGAUGCAUCAGGAUUACCAUGGCUCCUGUAUUACAACUGAAGAUCUCAGUUAUCAAUGGAAAAUCAAUUCAGAUUUUGUCCCAGUUAUCUGUGUGCUACUUUUAAUUUUGAAAAUAGUUAUUGCUUAAUAUGUUGCAAAACAAAACCUCUAUCUGCAUUGUGACAUCACAAAUAUCUAAGAGCCACAGUGUGCUAUAGCAAUAUGUGAAGAACUGGAUGGCUCAAUGUACAGAUAAUGGCUAUAGAAUGUUAUGUUUUGAAUUAUAGCUACUAAGCAGUGACAUCUGAAAGAUUUCCAAGUAUCAUAGCUUUCUCCUGGCCUGUAAAUUGUGUAAUGAGCCCGGUUUGCAAUAUUUGUCUUAGAUGAUUUUUUUUCACCACAGCACUGUCCCUAUAUUUGUUGGACUUGCCUUUGCAACUGAAAUUGAUUGUAGGCUCAUAUGAUCAUUUUCAUCGCCUUAGGAUACAGUCCCCAGCUUUCAAGAAAGCUUUAUUCCAUUCUUAUUUGCUUUAUUUUUUAUACACAGAAAUUUCCUGAGAUGAUGAAAAUACCAAGAACGUAAAUGAAUGGAAUAUUUUCUUUUUUGGUUCAGUUUUUAUUGGGAACCCUCUAUUAAGGGUAGCCAUACUGGUUAGACCAGUGGUCCAUCUAGCCCAGUAUCCUGUCUUUCAACAAGCUGCUUCAUAGGGAAUUAAAAGAGGGCAAUUAUUGAGUAAUCCAUCCCCUGGCAUUCACUCCCAGCUUCAGGCAGUUAGAGGCUAGGGAUGCCCAGAGCAUAGGGUUGCAUCCUUGUCCAUCUUGGCUAAUAGCCAGUAAUGGACCUCUCUUCCCCAAUACACGGGGAAGUAGCUGGGACUUACCAUUAUAGGUCUCUAUUGAGGGUUAGAGAACAUAUUAGAUGGUACUGCCUAACUACUCCACAGAGUUUACAGGUUCUUGACUAAAUUAUGAGUGCCUGAUUAAUCAUUUAAUUUAUGCACCCCUGAUUUGGGCUGGAUUCAGCUGCCAUUGAAAUCAGUGGAAAGACUCCAGAGGGACUGGAGCAGACACUUAGCAAGAAUGUGAGUUAUGGCAGAGAUUAUAAAACUGGGAAAAACUAUACACAGAAAUCUUAAAAAAAAGGUAAUCAGCUUUUUCUCAGAGUAUUAACAUACUUCUUGUCUGCACAGGUUAGUUACCAGGCCCAAAUGGAGUGUCUUUGACCCUUUAAAUUGCUGGUUGGGUAAGCAAAACCAGAUGCCACUAAUUUAUAUGAAUGAAUAACGGAACAGCUAAAACUUCCUUUACUCUUUGGUAUAAAACCAAAUCAUGGACAAUUUUAGCCUAUUUAGCCCAGGUCAAAAAGCACAUUUAUAAAUUAUUCAGAAGCCACUUGGUCUUAGGUGGGUGGAAGAGAAACUAGUAGGUAAUUUACAAGGAGACAAAAAUUCCAGCUACCCAGGGUGCAAAAAAGAUGAUCAUGCAUCUAUCCAAUCAGUCUGAAAGAAAGAGUCUUCCUUUGUUUGUACCCUUGCGUGGACUACAUUGCCCUGGCAAGCUUUGCUUAAUUUGUAUGCACCACAGAAAUUACCAGAAAAUUAAGAUAAAGUGUGAUCAAAUAAUAAAUGUUCCAUUUCUAAAUGUUUUAUAAAGGGUAGUAAAUGGUUAAUAGAUGCUAUAGACAUGUAUGUGUACAUCUGUGGAAAGUGUUAUUCUGGGUUAUAAAAUAACCUGUGACAGAUACUG